GCUACUUUGGUGUCGUUGUCAGUUCUCGCGGUAACGUCAGUAUUGGUAGUGCACUGUUAGCUUGUUGCUAAUCUCAUCGUAUACAGGUUUCAUGUCGACCUGAAAACUGCAAAUCAAAAGAAACACAACGGUCUGUGCAGUUAAAUCAUACACAGAGCUGCAAGACAAACAGGAGGAUGCCACACAACUUCCAGCCCGGAGACCUGGUCUUCGCUAAAAUGAAAGGAUACCCCCAUUGGCCAGCUCGGAUUGAAGACGUGGCUGACGGGGCAGUGAAACCCCCUCCCAACAAAAUACCCAUUUUCUUUUUUGGUACUCACGAAACAGCAUUCCUUGCUGCAAAGGACCUUUUUCCUUUCGAAAAAUACAGAGAGCGUUAUGGGAAGCCUAAUAAAAGAAAGGGAUUCAAUGAAGGUUUAUGGGAGAUCCAAAACAAUCCACAUGCUUCCUAUAGUGCACCUCCUGUGCCAGCCAGCUCUUCUGACAGCGAAGGUAACAAUGCUGGUGGAAGAAGUGAUGAGGAAGAAGAGGACGAUGAUGAAGAAGCUCCUGUGCCUCAGCGAGCAGAUUCAGGAAGUGAAGUGGACUCCGAUUCAGGCAGUGAAGACAGGGGACGGGGUGGAGGAAUGAAGCGCAAGCCACCAGCUGCAAAGAGGCCACCUCCUAAAAAAAAGGCUCGAGGUUCAUCUAGUGAUCGAGACAGUGGCUCUCCUUCUGAAUCAGAGCCCACCCCAUCUGAGUCAGAAUCUGCUAAAAACAGUGACCAGGAUUUUACUCCAGAGAAGAAAGGUGGACGAGGUGGAAAGAAGGCCGGAGCAAGAAGAAAGAAAAAGGCAUCAUCUGGAUCAGAUUCUGACUCAGGAUCAGCGUCAGAGAAGAAACCAGCAGACAGUGACUCGGAUGACGACAAACCCCGCCCAGCACUCUCCGGGUCAGAAUCACAGUCUGGAUCCAAAUCUGAAUCUGACUCUGAUCAACCUGCAAAGAAAGGUCCACCAGCACGCAAGAAGGCUGCAGACAAACCACCUCCAAAGCCUCGUGCACGGAAACCUAAGUCUGCUCCAGCAAAGCGAGCCCCUUCAUCAUCAUCUGACAGUGACAGUGACAGUGAACCAGACCGCAUCAGUGAAUGGAAAAAGAAAGAUGAGGAACGCCGGCGAGAGUUGGAAGAGCGUAGAAAAAAGGAGGAGGCAGAGGAGCUUCGUCGACUGCGUGAAAGAGAGAAGGAGGAGGAGGAGAAGAGGAAAAAAGACAAGGACAAGGGUAAAAAAGGGAGUGAGAGUGACAGCAGCAGUAGCUCAGAUGAAGGAGUGGAUGACCAUCCUUUGAAGAAAUCCAAGAAACCUCCACCGCCGCCCAUUCCUGCUCCCUCAGACUCAGAUUCUCCACCCGAGGUAAAGAAGCCCCCCAAAAAGACAGACAAUCAGAAAAAAGAAAAACUGAAACGUGAAAAGGAGAAAAAGGAAAGAAAGGAGAGAGAGUUAAAAGAGAAAAAAGCCAGACGGAUGGAGGAAAAGUCCAGAACAAAGUCGAAACCUGAAAAACCAAAACGCAAGCCAGAGAGACCAGAGAAGAAAGUUGAAAAGAAAAAGGAACCAUCUCCAGAAGAACAGCUGCAGAAACUCCACACAGACAUUAAGUUUGCACUUAAAGUGGACAACCCAGAUAUAGAUAGGUGUCUACAGGCCUUACAGGAACUUGAGAAUGUGCCAGUCACCAGCCAAAUCCUUCAUAAGAAUGCUGAAGUCAUUGCUACUUUGAAAAAGAUACGACGGUAUAAAGCCAGCACUGCAGUCAUGGAAAAAGCUACAGAGGUUUACAACAAAUUAAAACUACGCUUUGUUGGUAAAAGUGAGGUACCAGUUAAACCAAAAACUGAAGACAAGGACACAGCAAAUAAUGAAGACAUAGAAAACAAUGAUCCCACUCCAGUAAAUGGUGAAUCUGAAAAGAAGGAGGAGGCAGAAAAUGAGGACAAGAAUUCUAAAUCACCUCUCCAGGAAGAGAACAAUGAGCACCCCUCUUCAAGCCCAAGGCGGAGCCCAGACAGUCCUGCUGAACCACACUCACCUUCAUAUGAGGAAGGGGACAACUCAAUUUCUGCAGAGAUGGAGCCAGCAGCUGUGGAAAGCUGAGGGACUUUACUUGCGGCUACAUUGGACCAAGUGCUAAAAGAUGGUGGCCUAUUUGUUUGACCUGCACAGAACUACGGAGCCUCUUUUUCUGUUACACCAAUAGCAUUUGACAUUUUGUACUACAGUGAUUUUAAACCAGAUCCAUAUUAUUCAAGCUGAUCGAGCUGAUCUUCUAUUUAUCAUAACAAAAAGCUACAAAGUUUGUAAAGCACUGCAAAUCAUAUUUCUGAAAUGACUUUAAUACUUGAGGAGUCCUGGAUCUAUUCCACAGCCACUGCUUAACCUGAAGAACAUCUAAUAGUUUUGCAUAGGACUUGAAAUAAGACUGGACUGGGAGUACAGAAUGAUUCCGUUGUGAUUGCAGAAAGAAUUGGGGAUGUGCUUUUUGUUUUUCCGUUUGGCAUUUUGGUACAGAACUAAUGGCCUAUUUUGUUUUAUAUAAAACAUGCACAGACGUGAAAGGCCUGAUCUUUGUGAGAAUGAUUCUAAGAGACUUUGUAAGAAUACUGUCUUUUAUGUUCAUUACUUUUUUAAUGAUCUGAUCCAGUUUAUCAAUUCUGCAAUGUAAAGCCACUAACUGUCACUCAAACAUGUAAUUACAAGUGAGGUCCACAUGAUGUUUUAUAACCUUGUUUUCAAACAUUUUCAUCUACAAUUUGUCUAAUUGCAGUGAAGCUUUACACCUUGCACUCACCCUCAGUGUCAGCUUGAAGUAUAUUCAAUGAGUACUUGUACAGACUGAGACCUUACCUGUAAAAUCAGAUCUCAUGUAGCUGCAGCUUGUGAUACUGUCCUGUCUCAUACUACCGGUGUUUUAGUCGUAUAUAAAUUGGUAAAAGCAUUUCUAUCACUUAGUUGAGAGAUGAAUAAAGAUCUCAGCAUGGU